UUUUUUAAACCCCCCAAACACACACACACACACACACACUUUAAUCCGAUCAAAGUUUUGAUUUUUCUGUUGAAUCUUGUAUAGAUUCAAAUGGGUUCUUAAUCUUUUUUGUAGUUUGACUAUCUUCAGUUUGUAGUGACCUGUAAUAAAGGCGAUGAAUUUCUCAAAAGCUGUGGAAAGUGGAGCAAGGGGGAUGUUAUCUGGAUCCGAUGCCACUCUAUUCUCAAGUUCGUUGCCGGUUCUGCCUCAUGAGAAGUUGACUAAAAAUAAUACCCAAAAUGGUCAUUAUCAAUCUACGAAUGGCAAUGAUUUACUUAAAGAUAUUGAAAAGCAUGCACUUGGAAGCUUGUUACCUGAUGAGGAUGAUCUUUUAGCUGGCGCGAUGGAUGGUUUUGGCCUAAAUAUGUUUCCUAACCGUGUGGAGGAGUCCGAAGAUUUUGAUCUUUUCGGAAGCGGUGGAGGAAUGGAGCUGGAAUCUGACAUGAUCGAUAAUUUGAGUAUGGGCUUGUCCAAAAUAAGUUUCGGUGAUGGGAUUGUUGCUAAUGGCGGGGCUUUCAAUCUUACAAAUGGCUCGGGGAGCAUCGUUGGAGAACAUCCGUAUGGAGAGCAUCCUUCAAGAACUUUAUUUGUGCGAAAUAUCAAUAGUAAUGUUGAGGAUUCCGAACUGAGCACUCUAUUUGAGCAAUAUGGUGAUAUUAGAACACUUUACACCGCAUGUAAACACCGGGGCUUUGUCAUGAUAUCUUAUUAUGAUAUCCGUGCUGCUCGAAUUGCUAUGCGUGCAUUACAAAACAAGCCUCUACGGAGGAGAAAGUUGGAUAUUCACUACUCAAUUCCAAAGGAUAACCCAUCUGACAAAGAUAUAAAUCAAGGAACAUUGGUUGUUUUCAAUUUGGACCCUUCAGUUUCAUGUGAAGACCUCCUCCAAAUUUUUGGGGCAUACGGCGAGGUUAAAGAGAUACGCGAGACACCACAUAAAAGGCACCAUAAGUUCAUUGAGUACUAUGAUGUUAGAGCUGCAGAAGCAGCACUUAGGUCUCUCAACAGGAGUGACAUAGCCGGGAAACGCAUAAAGCUUGAACCUAGUCGUCCUGGUGGAGCUCGUCGAAACCUAAUGCUGCAACUAAGUCAAGACGUUGACCAAGAUGAUACUCGAAGUUUGAGACUCCAAGUGGGGCCCUCGAUUGCUAACUCUCCUCCAGGUGUUUGGUCACAGUUUGGAAGUCCAAUAGAACAUAAUCCUCUGCAUAGUCUUGGCAAGUCACCGGUCUUCACGUCAAUGAGCCCUGCAAUGAGUAGCAGUUUACCUGGAUUGGCUUCUAUUUUGCAGCCUCAACCAGCAAGAAUGGCACCAAUCAGCAAAGAUCAUGGAAGAACAAGUCAUCUUGACCAAAUAUUCUCAAAUGGGAGUUCAAACAAUGGAUCAAUCUUUCAACAGUCUCAUUCGCUGCAAGAUUCCAAAUUGAAUCAACUAAACGGGUCAAUGUCCACUUUUGGUGCUCUGAGUUCAACCACUUCAGGAUUCGAAACAUUAUCCGGUGCACAGUUUUUAUGGGGAAGUCCAAGUAGACCCAGCCAUGGCUUUCCAGCCAGUAGUCAAUCAACAACUGUAGUUCAUCCAUUCACAAGGCAACCGGGACCGUUCCUUGGUUCUUCUCAACAUCAUCAUGUUGGGUCUGCUCCAUCCGGAAUACCCUUCGAACGACACUUUGGUCGGCAUCACGAGUCGCCUGGAACACUAUUCACGAGUCCUCCAAAUCUUGGUGGUCUGGGUAUGGGUCCAAUUGACAGAGGUUUCUUAAAUUCUCGUGGGUCUGUGAACAAUGUUCCCAUUCCUGGAAACAUUAUGGAAAACAGUUCUCCGAAUUUCAGCAACAUGUCUUCUCCUAGGAUGAGUCCUAUGUUUCUAGGCAAUGGCCACUACCCAGGACUAGGAUCCAUUAAUUUAGAAAAUAUGAUGGAACGAGGCAGGACCCGUCGGCUUGACCAGAACGCCAAUCAAAUGGAUAACAAGAAACAGUUUCAGCUUGAUAUUGAUAAAAUUAGCAGUGGGGAAGAUACCCGAACAACUUUAAUGAUAAAAAACAUCCCUAAUAAGUAUACUUCGAAGAUGUUGCUAGCUUCCAUUGAUGAAAUUCAUAGUGGUACCUAUGAUUUUCUCUAUCUGCCGAUUGAUUUCAAGAACAAAUGCAAUGUUGGGUAUGCAUUUAUCAACAUGCUAUCCCCAAUGCAUAUAAUCCCCUUUUACCAGGCAUUCAACGGAAAAAGGUGGGAGAAGUUCAAUAGUGAGAAAGUAGCUUCGUUAGCAUAUGCUCGAAUCCAAGGAAAGGCGGCACUCGUCACCCAUUUUCAGAACUCUAGUUUGAUGAAUGAGGAUAAGCGAUGCCGGCCUAUUCUUUUUAAUUCCGAGGGCUCAGAAGCAGUGGAUCAGGAAUCUCUGCCAUCUAGUAGCUUGAACUUCCAGACCCGUCCAUACACGGGAGACCCAUUGACUGGCCCUCCAGAUGAUGAUAAAAGUUAAUGCAAUGGUGUGCAGAUUUGUGUUUUGAGCCUAAACUAUCUACUUACAGUAGGCUACUGACUUUGAAUCGUGUAUAUGUUAUGUAUAGAAGUAGGAAACCUGCACCGAACCAAAAUGUGGGUUUGUACGUAUUUUGAGGGGAAAAAAGGUCAAGUCUUUUGGUAUAUCGGAAGGGGGUUGAAGGAGGUGAAUGCCUAGAAAUGUAUAGGUGGAGAUUGCCAAUAUAGGAAUGGUGCAAUAUCCUAUUUUUCACCUCCUGAUUUUGGGGUUUGAAUGUUUGGCGUUAAUAUUUCAAGUGAUUAAAGCUGGUUUUUGUUAAUUGUAUAGUGGGAUUGGAAGUGGAAAUGGAUCACUUGUUACUUAUGUGUUUUGAAUAUUAAUAUAAAGAACACUAAUGUGUACUCUUUGACUA